AUGAAAGUCUAUUUUAUUCAACAGCUCUAUUGCAUGCUUCUCUUGACCCACCACGCCUUUGUACUCGCCACUUUGGACCCAGGAGGUGAAAGGAUUCCUAGAGUACUUUUGGAUUUAAACGAGUUCCCGCCGGAUGAACCUCCUAGCACGCCUCGAUUCUGUCUUUUCCAACCAAAUCCUCCCUCAGAUGCUUCACAGGAAGAUUCUGCCUCACAGAGCGACCAGGUGGGACUGCACUGGUUGGCCUCUACCUCAGACACCGUUCCGGUGAACGAUCGUCCGACUAGGUCCCACAAGCGCAAGAAUGUUGAUGCUACUAAAGAACACGAACAAACAAUGGCGCCGAUUGAACUGGACAAAAGACUGAAGGCUUGGUUGAAAUACCCAAAGGACUGGCCAGCCGAGAAUGCGAUUAAACCGAAAGGUAUCACUGCUACCGCUGCCAAAUCGCGACAACAAGAAAAGCAAACAAUUGAAAGUUUCCAAAGCACGCCGAAUGAUCGAAGUAAGCACAUCAGGCCCAGCCGACUCGAAGAGAAUGAAAGAAAACGUGUACUGUUCAAUGUUAAAGACUGGGGUUUUGUCAGAAAAGAUUCGAACAUUCAAAGUGAUGAGGAUUCGCAGAGCGCGAGAAACCACGCUGAGAAUUUCUUCCAAGCCAAGAGAGAAACAAAAAAGAAAACCGAGUCAGGACUCUUCAACAAAGAGCUUCAUCAGACCAGUAAUGAAUAUGAGGAUCACCACAACGCAUCCCAGGAAUCUCACAUCGCCUCUUUUUUCCAAGUCAUGAGAAAACUUAAAAGAGCAACCGAGUUAGAACUCUUUAAUGUAGAGCUUCAUGAAACUAGUGAUGAAUAUUUCUGGAUUCCAAAAGAGUACGCGUCCAAAUUCAUGAGCCUGUUUAGAGGGAUAUCAAGAACGGAAAUUCCCUAUCCAGACAUGAGAAUCUUAUCAGAAAACGCAAGAAAUUCACAGAAGUUAAAAAUCAUAUUGAAACUGUCAGAUGAAAAACUUAGUCUUGAAGGAUACACGGUUUUUUCGAACGAUAUCGUGGAAUAUAUGGUCCCAAGACUUAAGAACAACUUGCAGUUGAAGACUUCCAAAGAAAGCCCGCGAUUAGACAAUCCAAUUUUAAAAAGAAUUGAAAUGAUAGUAAAAUUAACAAAAUGCGCCACUUUCCUGCACAUAGUCACUCUUUCUCUUUUUAACCAACACAAGAGUGGACAAUUGACAAAAGGCUACAUUGAAGAUUUUCUAAUCAUCCUCGCAAAUUUCUGGGAAGAUCUUGAAAGAGGUUCAGAAGACAUUCUCCAGCACGUUUAUGGCCGGAAGUUGUAUGGUAUGCUACACUUCACGACGAAUUGGGCCGGUAAUAAGGCUUCAUCAAAUGUCCUGGGCUACGCUUGGCAUAUUGUCGAAUACUGCGCAAAGAAAAACAACAGGUUUCACCCGCUCCAGGCAGACGGCCUCCCGGAGCUCGUCUACAAGAUAAUUUUUUAUUCCAAUUACGAAUAUGUCCUCGCUGAAGCCAAAAAGGAUGAGGUGGUUAGGGUAGCCCAGGAAAUUCUAAAUUUAAAUGUGAUACGAUAG